GUAUAAUACACUCUUCUGAAACCCAACCUACAUUACAAUCGGCCCUAGAGCUUUGCAUCAAAAUUGAUGAUAAAAUUUCCCUUUUUCAUCUAUCGAUUCAAAAAUUGAUAGCCAAUGGAGUCUUCUUCUUCUUCUUCUUCUUCAUCUUCAUCUUCAACAUUCUAUGUUUCUCAUUUUGACUAUCUCAUUCUAUUCUUUCUUCGUCCCCUUCUCGCCAUCUCCUUCGUGCUCUCCUUAAUUCUCCUCGGUUGGUUCUUGGCGUGGAAGCUAGUUCUGGUUCAUGUUCCUCUGGUUCAAGAAAUCUUCGGCCUGCGAAAAAAACACACAAAGCCCAAACCCCCAACUCGCGGGAGGCUCUCGAGAUUGUACAACAGUAUUGAUGCCCAAAAUUCAACUUCUCAGUGAUGAAAGAUUUACGCAGCUGCCUCAAGCAACAUUCACAAUCACCUUCUUGUCCUAAAGUUGUCACUGUUUUGUUGAUUGUAGAUGUUUUGUGUAUUUGGCAACUUUUAAGUUUUAACCAUAUUCUAUUGACUUGAGGGUGGUUACAACUUGCUUUUCUUUUUAUUAAACGGAAAGCAUUAUGUAUUGAUUGAUGUAAUGUUUCCACUUGAUAGAUUGUGUUAAUGAGCAUCGAUCUUGUAGCCCCUAUAAUUUAAAGAUGCAAAAUUCAUGAAGAUUUUUUCUUUUUCCUUUUUUUUUUGGAGUGGGCGGUGGAGUCAUAAAACAUGCAGAAUGUUGAGGGCUGAAACCCCAUAAAGCUAAACUGUUAAACAGUAUAUCAUUGUAUGUAGUUCAAAACUAUGCCUUCUUCCUCAACCAACGGCCCAAAAAAUUGUAAAACAUGUGGGUGCAAAAAAAUAAAUAAAUAAAGAGACAGAGAAUUGAGCUCAUGAAUACUUUUUUUUUUUUUUAAUAUAAAUAUUAAGGUGUACAUGUCAAGGAAAUCAGUAAUUCUCAAAAAUAACACUCGUAAUUUCGUUAGGAAGACAAAAGGUCAUAAGUGCAAAAUUAAAAGAAAAAAUGAAAUUAGUUUAAUUUGUUGCCUGGAUAAGACACUUCAGCCACAUUGAAUUGUUAAGUGAGUAUAUGAUGUUUGCCUUAGCUUUGAGAAAUUUUAAAACUCCCAAGUUAUCAAGUGAAAGAAGUUACCUCUGUGUAUUUUCUUACCUGCUGAAUGUUUUUGUGCUUGCACAGAGACGGGUGUUCUUGCUUGAUCUUAUCUUGGUUGAACUUAAAUCUCUACUUAGUAGGUACACUUGGAUGUCCCACGGUAAUUAAAUGCUACCAUUGUGUUUUACAUUGCGUUUUGAAAUUAUGCAUAGUACUCAAAAUCCACCAGCACUGAAGGAUCUGUUUUGGGAUUUUAUUAUGACUGGACUUCCAAUGAUUGAUCACCAUUAUUUUUUACAAUAGCUUGCUUGCAUUU